UGUAAAGAUGGUUGCCAAGAAGGUUUCUAUGGCCAGAAUUGUAAAUUUCGAUGUGGACGAUGUGCUAAUGGAACACCCUGUGAUCCUAUAACCGGAAACUGCCCAGAGGGUUGCGAUACUGGUUGGAAAGAUAAAACCUGUUCCCAUAGUGAUAUGCAGACAAGAGAAGAAGACGCGAGUUUUAAAUCUCUGCAGUCCAUUCUACCAAUAUUAAUAUCAGCUAUGGUUAUCAUCAUUGUUACCGUCUCUCUUAUAUUUCUCUACUUCACUAUUAUCAGACCGAAACUACGCAACAAACCAAGCAGACUUCAUUCAGCCUCCCGGGCCGAAGAUGACCCAGAAAGAGUAAGGAACACCUACGAGCAUAUUCAAGGUAGUCCGUGGGAGAUUGACAGAAGUAACCUAGUAAUAACCAAUCAACAACUCGGUAACGGACAUUUUGGUGAAGUUAAAAAAGGCUUCAUCAAGGAAAGGGGACGACAGGAGCCAGUCGCAAUAAAGACCUUGAAAGAUAAUGUAUCAGAGAAAGAUAGAAAUGAUUUUUUGAAUGAGUUAAACAUUUGGAAACAGGUGGGGAAACAUCCUAAUAUUGUGUGUUUGGUUGGUGCCUGUCAUAUUAGAGGUGUGUUAUAUGUUGCUAUGGAGUAUGCACGCUACGGAGAUUUAAGAACAUUCCUCAGAAGAAGUAGAAAAAACAAAGAUCACCAUACUUACGCCAACAUGGCAUCUACAUUACGACAGACGACGCUUUUAAAAUUCGCUUUGGAUACUGUGAAUGGAUUAACUUAUCUUGCUGAAAAACAGAUCAUACAUAGAGAUGUAGCAGCACGGAAUGUUUUAUUAGCUGAUCAUCUGGUGGCCAAAAUCUCAGAUUUCGGUUUGUCUAAAAAUGAUGAAACGUACGUUAAAACAUCAAGGACCAGGGUACCAGUAAGAUGGAUGGCGGUAGAAUCAUUGUUUAAUAAUACAUAUACAACGAAAUCAGACGUGUGGAGUUUUGGUAUAUUACUGUGGGAAAUUUUUACACUGGGUGGAACACCAUAUGCCUGUAUAGAUACACAACAAUUAUUCAAUUUUCUUAAAGAUGGGUACAGAUUAAAGAAACCUAGUUUAUGUGAUCAAGUUUUAUACGCUAUGAUGUUACAAUGUUGGAAUGAGAGACCAGAAAGAAGACCGACAUUUCCAGAAAUUCACGGUCGAUUACAGAGAAUAAUAGAAGAUAGUCAGGUGUAUAUGAACAUAAAUGCAGAAGAUGAUUCACAAUAUGCUGAGAUAGAUGUGGGAAAAGACGUCGAGGAUAAAGAAUGCUAAAGUAUUAACUUGGGUUACAAAGUUUAAAUUUGUGGGACCAAAAUUUGAAUAACCAAAGCUGCGUUAGAAUUAGUGUUUAUGCCGUAUGUAUGGAUCAUUUGCCAAUAUCUUUAAAGCUCGUGUGAUAUUCUGAAAAUAAUUCGUGAGUAAUCCUGUAUAAAAUUUCAAGAUAGUCACCAAGUUGAUUCACGGCGCUUUAAGGUCGCUACUGGUACAUAUUUCCGUCUCCAUCUUCCUCUUUUGACAUUUCAUAAUAGCUUUAAUGAGUAUCUUUUUUUAAAAUGAAACAUGAAAGAAGCGCGCUGUUUAGAAUGAUGAAAUUGUCUCCCUUGAAACCUGAGAGAUCUGGAGUUUUUAUAUUUUGUCGAUUCACUGUGAAUGAAGUAAAUAUGAAUCUAAAUAUAGUGUAAUAAUGUAUAUAAUGUAAAGAUAUUGUAAUAUAAUCUGUACAGUUUAUAAUAGAGACAUUAAAUUUAUAUAGAUAUCAUCUCC